GGUGCACUUCUGACCCAUUAUGUGAUUCUGGUCUAUUCUCCGGUCCACUUUCGGACCGGUUCUGACGGCUCGCCACUCUCCCUGACAGAAGGCGGGCAUUUCCAGCCGUCCCACGUCAGGACGCCGAACGGGAUUGGUGGAAGAACACGGGUCGAGCAGCUUCGACACGUUCUAUUGGCCAGUGCUGGUGUCAGUCACGUGACGAAGCCGUGGACUCUGGAAGAAGGAGGAAAAAAAACAAACUAAUCCGAGCGGCGGCCAUCUUGCCAGUACUUGCUCCAGCGGGGAGAGAGUGACGCGAGGCCGGACGGAGAGCAGCGACCCUCGGCUGUUUGUGUUCACUCAGUCCGGCAUGAUAGACACGACCUGCCCUCGCAGCUCGAGCUAAGCCUCCAUGGUUCUCCUCCUCGGUCUCCAGUCAGGAAUCACAGCAGGCUGCGAGCUGUGGAGGUACCGGGCCAGCUAGCUGCUCGGUGACCCAGCGGCGCUGCGAGGACUGCGGCUUUGCUCGGGAACAUUUCGGCUGAUGGUGGAGGACCUGGACCGGGUCUCUGACCCCAGAUCACAGCAACGGUUUGCCGUGCUAACAUGCUGUGAACCCCCGGCUUCACCUUCCCUCCAGCUCUGACUGUUACUGUCCAGGGAAAGCGACAGUUUCUGAGAAGAAGAGCCGUCUGCGGAGCCGCUUCAUCCCGCUUUAACACCGAGCCGAGGGACAUGUUUCCGAAGAAGAAAGGACACCUCGACUGUCACAGACCAGCCGCAUAAACCGACACCGGCAGCACCGACACCGGCCCGCUCAGCCGCCUCUGACCAGAUGAAGACAGCUCAAAGUCGGCCGGUCUUUAACGGCUGUUCGGCGGUGCUUCCUGCUCACACACCGGCCUCUCUGACCGGGCCUGUCCGCACAUAAACGGGACUGGACGAGUCCGGGCCGGGACAUGGUGUCAGAGGCACCGCUAGUUUAAAGGGCGCUAAUCCGGCUGAAAUUACGGAACGAGUCUAUCAACGAUGGGAUCAGCCACCAAACUGGCCUUCAGCGUGUUCCUCAUCUCCUGCUCCUCAGGUCUGUUGUUAACCUGUCCUCCUGUCUCCUCCUCAGGUGUGGUGUUAACCUGUCCACCUGUCUUCUCCUCAGGUGCGAUCCUGGGUCGAUCAGAUACUCAAAAGUGUGUCCACUACAACUACAACCCUUCGUCUUCGUUCUCGUCCUCAUUGGAGAGCCGGGGGAACGUCAGUGGGGAGGUCACCUGUUCAGGAGAGAAGGAUAAAAGGCUUCACUGCUUUGCCACCUGGAAGAACGUGUCUGGAGUUGUCCAGGUGGUCAAACAGGGCUGCUGGCUGGAUGACGUCAACUGUUACGACAGGACCGAGUGUGUGGAGAUGAAAGAUGUUCCUGAAGUCUUCUUCUGCUGCUGUGAAGGAAGUCUGUGUAACCACAAGUUCUCCUACAGUCCGGACACCAACCAGACCCCAGUACCAUCGACGAACAAACCAGUGACGGCGAGGCCUCCGGUGCUCACCACUCUGAUGUACUCAGUGGUUCCCAUCAUGGCCAUCUCCGCCAUCGUACUCAUCUCCUUCUGGAUGUACCGACACCACAAACUGGCCUACCCACCUGUCCUGGUACCCACACAGCACGCUUUUCAUAUCAUGAUUGAGGACCCCGGCCCACUGCCCCCCUCCCCAAUCCUGGGCCAAAAGCCGCUGCAGUUACUAGAGAUCAAAGCCAGGGGGCGCUUCGGCUGCGUGUGGAAGGCUCAGCUGCUCGGUGAAUACGUGGCUGUCAAAAUCUUCCCCGUCCAGGACAAGCAGUCAUGGCAGAACGAGUACGAGAUCUUCAACCUGAACGGGAUGAAACACGAGAACCUGCUGCAAUUCCUUGGAGCCGAGAGGAGAGGAAGCAACGUGGAGAUGGAGCUGUGGCUUAUCACGGCCUAUCACGAGAAGGGUUCUCUGACGGACUACCUGAAGGCAAACGUCCUCUCCUGGUCUGAACUCUGUCUUAUCGCUCAGUCGAUGUCUCGAGGUCUCGCUUACCUGCACGAAGACGUACCUGGACACAAGGACGGCCACAAACCUGCCAUCGCACACAGGGACUUUAAGAGUAAGAACGUCCUGCUGAAGUCGAACCUGACCGCCUGUAUCGCUGACUUCGGCCUCGCUCUCAGGUUUGAGGCAGGAAAAUCUCCUGGAGACACACAUGGACAGGUGGGAACCAGGAGGUACAUGGCCCCUGAGGUCCUGGAGGGUGCCAUUAACUUUCAGAGAGACGCCUUCCUGAGGAUAGACAUGUACGCGCUGGGCCUGGUGCUCUGGGAGCUCGCCUCUCGCUGCAAAGCUGCAGAUGGUCCAGUGGACGAGUACAUGCUGCCUUUUGAGGAAGAGGUGGGUCAACAUCCAUCUCUGGAGGACAUGCAGGAGGUGGUCGUCCACAAGAAGCUGAGACCGAUACUCAGAGAGUGCUGGCAGAAACAUGCUGGUCUGUCUGUCCUCUGUGAGACGAUUGAGGAAUGCUGGGAUCACGAGGCUGAAGCUCGGCUGUCGGCUGGCUGCGUAGAAGAACGCGUCGUGCAGAUGCAGCGGCAGACGAGCGUCACGCCGCCUGAGGAGAUCGUCACGGUCGUCACCAUGGUAACCAAUGUGGACUACCCGCCUAAAGAGUCCAGCCUAUGACGAGGCAGAGGACCAAUCAGGACGGAGCAGGGACUCCCUCAACAAGCGUUUUCUGUCUCUGAUCACCGGUCAGGUGACCCAGAGGACAACAUGGAGGACAGUCUCUGCAGGGAGCCACACUGACCUCCACCUCUGACAUCAUGACCUCCACCUCUGACAUCAUGACCUCCACCUCUGACAUCAGUUCCUGUUUUGUAUUACAAAAUUAAAGACUUCCUGCAGACGUUUUCGACAGUGAUGUGACUGUUUGGUUUUAAUUUAACGGUUAAAAACUGUUUUCGUUUCUGUGAAUGAAGAAACAGCUCCUGAAUGUCUGUUUGUAUGAAUAUAUACACACACACAGGUUAGUAUUAUAUGUUUAUAUAUAUCCUUUCAGAUUUUAUAAUGUUUGUUCCAAGCUCAGUUUGAGUCCAGGUCCAGGUUCAUGUCCAGGUCAUACAGCUGGCCUGUUUUGGUUCAGUUCAAACAGACUCUGGUGCGUUGGUCAUUGAUCCAGUCCAUGAGUUCAAAGCUGUCACUGACUGCGACCCUGACCACGGGUCAACAUGUCCAAUUAUACAAAUAACAGAAUCAUGGGACCAGAACCGCCCUGAUCUCAGUGAAGGUCUCGUCUCAGAACGGACCAAUCCGACAAAAGUGAUUUAUCGUUUUCUGAACUUUGAAAAUUUUCAUUUUGUUGUGAAAAUAAUUAGAAUUUCAUCCUGAAAGUUUCUUCACGUUGUUUCUUUGAAUUUCCUCCAAAGUUCAGAUGUUUGUAAAAUCACUGAGUUGAUUCAGAAAUGGAGAGUCAGCAGCUGAUCAGCUCAGAUCAAUAACACUGAUCUAUAACGCUGAAGAGUUCGAUCGUUCUUGUUCGACUCCAAACGUUUUUCUAAUGUUCACUGUUGAUUUCUUCUUUUUGUUCUGAUUCUGUGGACGAAAUGUAGUUCAACAUUUUGAAAAAUAAAACUGAAUUCAUCAAAGUAUA